UCGGCAAUUUUUAGCCAUGCUUUAAAUCCAGAACACGUGUGUACUCUGUACUCUCUAAAAUUUCAACUCAAACAAACCCAACGAAAAAUUCUGUCACACAACAAUCUAUCCGUCUCUUUCACUCUUCCUCACCACCAACCAAAGAAGAAAAAAUAAAAAAACAAACAAACCUAUUUUUCAUGACAUCUCGUGUCAAAAAGUGAAAAGUCGUUGAAAAAAUGCUGCGUAUUUUUCAUCAAACGUGAUUCCCAAAAAAAAAAAUUUAUCAAAGAAAAUUUAAGUGAAAAGAUUUAUUAUUCAAUUAUCAAUUAAAUAUAAAGUGAAAACAAAUAUAUAAAACAAUCAACAUAACCACAAAGUGUGAAUAAAUUCCACUCAAUUAAUGCAGAAUUAAAAAUUUCCAUUUUUUUUGCGACUGACGAAAAAAAAAAGUGUGGAAGUGAAAAAGAAAAAAAAACUGCGUGCAGGGAGAAGUCCUGACUUUUUUUUUUUUUUUUUUUAAUUUUCUGUGAAAAAGAAAAGUAUAAAAACUGUAUAAAAGAAUUAAAAUAAUCCAACGACCAAGGAUAAAAGCAUACAAACACGCAAAUUCUUUUUGUAAAUUACACAAAAAAAAAGAAAGAAUCCAAUUUCAUCAAACUUUAAGGAUUUGCAAAAAGAAAAGAAUUUGUAGAUAAACUGAAAAAUAAAAACAGUCAUUUAAGAAAAAAAAAACAAUAAAAUGUCCAAGUAAAUAAUGGACAUCUAUCAGAAAUAACUUUAAAACUAAAUCGUGAGUGUUCAAUUAAACAAGAAAAAAACAAAAAAUUUACAACUGAACAAUGCUCGAUCAAAGUCGCUGUUCGGUUGGCAGUCGCAAGACUUCAAUGUCUGACAGUCUCAAUGCAUCCUUAACUCUAGCCAAUGGUUAUUGCGGAACCGUAGUUCCUGACUGCCAGUGUCCAAUAUGUUUCCAAUCGAAACGCCAUCAAGAAAACAUCGAUGGCAUAACAUUCGAAAAGCAACAAUGGCGUAUUCGUGAACGAAUGAAAACAGCCAGUGUUGCUUUAGUUCUCUGCCUCAAUAUUGGUGUCGAUCCACCGGAUGUUGUCAAAAUCCAACCCUGUUCACGUCUCGAAUGUUGGAUCGACCCAUCUUCGGUGUCUGCUCCAAAAGCAAUGGAAUUAAUUGGAGCAAAUUUACAAAAGCAAUACGAGCGUUGGCAACCUCGAGCACGUUACAAAAAAUGUCACGAUCCCACUGUCGAAGAUGUAAAGAAACUCUGCACCAGUUUGCGACGUAACGCCAAAGAAGAGCGUGUCCUCUUUCACUACAAUGGCCAUGGGGUUCCUAAACCAACAGCCAAUGGAGAAAUCUGGGUGUUUAAUAAAACAUUCACACAAUACAUCCCGCUGUCAAUCUUCGAUUUACAAGCUUGGAUGGGGGCACCAUCGAUAUACGUCUAUGAUUGUUCCAACGCUGGCAUCAUUAUAAACUCAUUCAAUCAAUUUGCUGAACAACACGAGAAGGAAAUGGAAAAAGUAAUGCAGACAAUCGGACCAAGUGCCCUGCCAAUGGUCACUUACAAGAAAUGCAUUCAUCUUGCAGCAUGCUCGGCAAACCAAAUUCUACCCAUGAAUUCUCAACUUCCGGCCGAUUUAUUCACAUCCUGCCUCACAACACCAAUAAAAAUCGCUCUCAAAUGGUACUCGAUGCAGGGCAAAUUCGAUCUUGUCCCAAAAAUGCACAGUGAUCUGAUUGACAAGAUCCCUGGACAAGUCAACGAUCGCCGAACAAUGCUGGGUGAAUUGAAUUGGAUCUUCACUGCAAUCACCGACACAAUUGCCUGGAAUACGCUGCCCAGAGAUCUGUUUCAGAAACUCUUCCGACAGGAUUUGCUUGUAGCAAGCUUGUUUAGGAAUUUCCUGCUCGCCGAACGGAUUCUCCGCUCACACGACUGCACGCCUGUUUCUAGCCCUGCGCUGCCACCAUGCUUCCGACAUCCAAUGUGGGAUGCAUGGGAUCUAGUUGUGGAUUUAGCUCUCCAACAACUGCCUGAUAUUUUGGAAAAGGGUGCUCCCUACAAGCAACUUCCAUUCUUCGAGGAGCAACUAACUGCAUUUCAAGUUUGGCUUGAUAGAGAAUCUGAAUCGAGGGUGCCUCCGGAACAGUUGCCAAUUGUUUUGCAAGUUCUUCUCUCGCAGGUUCAUCGUUUGAGGGCCUUGGAUCUGUUGGCUCGAUUUCUAGACCUCGGUCCAUGGGCCGUUAAUCUUGCCCUUGGUGUCGGUAUAUUCCCCUAUGUACUUAAAUUACUACAGAGCUCUGCGAAGGAACUGCGACCAGUAUUGGUGUUCAUAUGGACGAAAAUUCUAGCUGUAGAUUCGUCUUGUCAAGUAGAUUUGGUUAAGGAUCAUAAAUAUUUUCUCUCUGUUCUUCAAGACACCAGUGUCACGAAGGAAAUACGAACUCUAGCUGCAUUUGUGCUCUCUAGCAUUGUUAAGAACUUCCUCCUGGGACAAACUGGUGCACUUCAGGGCUCUCUGGUGUCGAUAUGUUUAGUUCAACUAAACGACGACGAUUGGCUUCUUCGUCAAUGGCUAGCGAUAUGCUUGGGACAGCUAUGGCAAAACUUUGACAAGGCGCGUUGGUCUGGCGUUCGUGAUUUGGCCCACGAAAAACUAUAUCACCUCCUUCAAGAUCCCGUACCCGAAGUUAGAGCUGCAGCCGUGUUUGCCCUCGGAACAUUCAUCAGUUCAGUGACAGAUCGUUCCGAAGAGCAUGCAAAUAACAUUGACAGAAUAAUAGCGAUUACGUUGUUGGAUAAAGUUGCCGAUGAUAUGUCGCCUCUGGUUCGCUUGGAACUAGUUGCCGCUCUCCAGUGGAUGGUUAUUCUCUUUGAAUCGCAAUUUGUCACAGUUUAUCUUCAAGAGCACCUCCCGAACUCAGCUGCUCCCACCAUUAUCUCACAUAGUCCGACUGCUCAUCCGUACCAUCAUUCUACUCAUAGUUUAGAGCGCAACAUAAACAUGAAACGCGGCUAUAGCUCAAGUUGUAUAUCGAAUAUGGCUUGUGCUCCUUCGAGCAUUCCUUUCCAUGCAAUCUUCCUAAAACUCUGGCAAGGAAUUCAUAAUCUUAGUCAAGAUCCUUUUCCCAAAGUUGCCGAAGCUGCGCAAAAGGUUAUUAACUUUGUUAGGGACUCGGCUUUGUCCCUAAUCACUGCGAAGGAAGCAACUACAGAGAAAUGCAUUAGCUUGAGUGUUAGCCUGCCACCAAGUCCCAACACGCGGACGAAUUAUCUGGGAGAAUCGCCGCCCGUAGGUCUGAAUCACUCUGAAGGAAAGGCCAGUGCAGUGGGCAAUAAACUCAGUGUUCUUGCAAGUGGGGUAACUUCAAAACUCCGAGGCUCUAUGUUUCCCGAUUUGGACUAUCUCGACCGAAAGAUCCGAACGACUUCUAUGAAUGACGAAGUUGAUAGUGGUUCAGGUCCAUCGACUGCUCCUGUUACAGAUAAUCAUUUGCCAGCGGGACUACGGAAUAUGAAGCCAAUUGUCACCACAGCUUUCCUUCCCUGGGCUGUUAGCUAUUUCACUCGUCCCGGCAAAAAUCGUUACACAAAUCCAGUCAGCGAAGAGCAACAAACAAUGCCCACGGACAAGAAUUCUCCAGAAUAUCGUGGUCGCGAAUGGCGAUUUAAGAGAAACUCCAGCGUCCGACAAAUAGCCCUCGAUCAAGAGGCUUUUGCGGUAUCUCAAAAAAUUGAUAUUCAAAAUUGGAUGGGAAAGACUCAGUUUACACCUUCUAUUGUGAAGCUAUUGCCAUAUGAGCCGCAAAUUGCAGUGGCGUACAAAGAGAAGGUUUCUGUGUACGAUUGGAGUCGAAAUUCAGUGUGUUCCUACACACCGGUUACGAAUAGUCCAAGUCAGAGUAGUAAAAAAAAUACCAGUGGUGGGAAUGGAUCUCAAACUACAUCGGCGCAGCAAGCUUCAGCUUCUUCGUCGGCUCGAGUGGGAGCCAUUGAGUUUGUCAACGCCCACGAUGUGGCGAUGAUGCUAGUCGGUCACGAUGACGGCAUAGUCAGGGUGUGGCAGGAGCCAUCAUUCGAAUCGAAUCGGGAGUCUAGUCGUUUGGUCACAGCUUGGGACGCUUUGCCCUUGCGUGUGUCCAAAAAAGAAAUGCCCGGAAUCGUGAUGUCAUGGCAGCAGGUCACCCAGCAACUUGUGGUGGCCGGUUCGACGCGAUACCUUCGCAUUUGGGAUGCCGAAAAGGAGCUUAAAGUUUGUGAUAUACCCGUGGGCGCUGAGACGGUAGUAAAAGCGCUCUCCCCAGCCCCACCAGAUCCGACGCGGAUGGAUUUACUGGCUGCUGGUUGUAGUGACGGAAGCGUACGGAUCUUUGAUCGACGUUGUGCACCCAACGAUGCCAGAGUGAGAGUCUAUCGAGAGCAUGCCGGUGCCAUAUUGACAACCUAUUUGAGAGACGAUCAAACUACACUUGUCUCGGGAUGUUCCCAAGGACGGGUGAAUGUCUUUGACAUGCGAGGCAGGAGCACACUGCAUCAAUGGGAGGUUGGCUGUGAUGUUUUAGCAAUAGCCGUCCAUCCUGGUGUGGAUCUGGUAGCCUGCGGCAGUAGUCAGAAGAUUGCAAUCUAUCGACAGUGCGGUCGGACGCAGACGGUGUUAAGAAGUCACGAAAGUGGCUUCAUGGGACCGAGAGUAGGACUGCCAUCGUGUUUGUCCUUCCACUCGCAUAAAGUGAAUUUGGCUGUUGGAUUUACGGACAACACGGUGGCUGUUUAUGGAUCACCGGGUCUUCCAGUUUUAUAAACUAUGCAAACGCUGGAAAUCCGAUGUUGACAAAAAUCCCGAUACAUUGGAUUAUGUUAGAAAAUUUGUUAGUGGACCUGAAAUGCGCGAUGUCGUUCGUCAUAUUCGACAACGAACCCAGCUUGAUGAUAUCACACCGCAAGACGCC